ACAUACCUCUAAACUCGGUUUUACCGGGUCAGUAGCCGCUGCGAGAGACAGAGAAAACCCCUACAGCCAGGUGCAGUUUAAGGUUAUAAACUGUGCAGCGAGCCACUAUAAAACGGACAAAGUUAAUCUUAAGCAAUCAUGGGAACUUUUGCCAUGAAGUCUGCGUGCCUGCUUGUCUUGGCUUUUCUAACGAUCUGCAACCUGGCGAUGUCUCGAGGACAGGGAAUCCCCGUCGAGGAUGAAACGGGGGACCGAAAGACUAUUGACGACAUCAUACUGCAGAGAGCGGAGAACCUUUUGCUCCGUUCAAUUCUGAAAAAGAUACAGGAUGAAGAUGGCUCAAACGAGGUACUUUCCUCUCUGCCAGAGUGGAUGGCAAAGAGGCAACAUCCCGGCAAAAGAUUCAACGAGGACCUGGAAAAGCGACAACACCCAGGGAGGAGAGACGAGGACGACGAAGACUACUCGGAUGUCCAGAAGAGACAACACCCGGGAAAACGUGAAGACGAAGUAGACUCAUUCAUAGAGGUCCAGAAGAGGCAACAUCCCGGAAAGCGCUCAAUGUUAGAGGAAUUUGCUGAGAACCCGGCACUCCUGAGCGAACUCUCCAAACGACAACACCCGGGCAAACGCUACUUGAUGUUGUACAAUAAACGCCAGCAUCCCGGAAAGCGAGACCUGGAGGAUGAGGCAGACACUGAGGAUCUCCAAGACUUGGACAAGCGCCAGCACCCCGGCAAACGUUAUUGGGAUAACAUGGUCACGGAUUUAGAUGCCAGCAGUCCAUGUGAUGUGCUGGACCCUACGAGCUGCAAUAAGGCAAACCUGUUGCUCGAGUUAUUAGACAACGUGACCAAGAGCCGGGCUGAGGAGAAAAGACAACACCCGGGCAAAAGGCUCGCGCCAGACGAGGGUGUAAUGGAACAACAGUAAAAUUAAUCAUUGUAUUUCUCAAGUGCUGUAAUGUAAAGAAUACAAUGUAUAGGCAUAAAUUAUGAAUAAAAUUAUAGUCAAUCAAUUUACUUGAUCAACCCCCUUUAAUUGAAACAUGUGCACAUUUUCAAUUAAGUCCAUCCUCACUAUAUGUUAGAUUGCAUAAAGUUCCUACAAGAAAAACAACGAAGGCUGAUA